AUACCCAGGAUAAAAAUUAGUUAUGCAACGGAACGAGCAAGUAUAACGUGGCCACAAUCUAGAUACGCUUGGAGCUUCCAUUAGCAUUCAGUACUUUAUGAAAGAAAAGAAAAUAUUAAAAAUAUUUAAUUAAUUCGUGAACCUACUGUUGAUCAUAUAAUAAUAUGAAAUGAAUGUUUUUUUUUCGUAAAUCUUAAACGCAAUUGAAAUGACUUUUUUAUAAAACAUCGUAUGGAGAUAACCUCCUUCAUUUUCAAAAGAUUAAGUAUCACCUCCAACGAUAAAUCAAUUUCUAAAUGUUUAUCUAGAAAGAGAAGCCUUAAAUUAUUACGAACAGUAAUAGUAAUCGUUUAGUUCUUUGACAUUAGGCUUCGUGUAAACACGGUUUAAGAAAUAAAGAAGACUUUGUGAGAGAAAAACUAGUGGACGAAAAAAAUUAAAAAAGAUGGAAAUCGAAGAGACAAGCGAGGAAAAAGAGUUGUUUGAAUUGUUGAUGAACAAGUUAUACCGUGACGUAGAUUUUCGUAAUAAAAUCGCCAAGCAAAGUUACGACGAAAUGCGAAAAGAACUCGAAGAUAUGUUAGGGGAACGUCUGCAUUUGAUCUCGGAUAUACAUUUGGAAAGUUUUUACUAUUCGAAUUUUCCUGGAUAUCAUGACAGACCGUCUUCCGAAAAACCUGACUGGCUAGAUUUAAAAAAGUUUCAAAGGGGCCAACAUUUCGCUCGCAAUAAUUUGGCCGGACUUUUCAUAGGACAGUUAUACGGUUUGUUCUGUCUGCUUUGCCAUGCUGAUGGUCUGCAAACGAUGAUAAUGACGCAGAAAUCUCACACGCCUUAUUUAGCGUUCAAAAGAUAUUUGUCGACCAGUCAACGUAUACGCAACUGGUACAUGGAAGAUCCUUGGUGCGAAGAUACGAAAGCGUACAAAGACAUUCAAACAGUCAAGAGAAUGCAUCUUGCUGUGAGCAAAAAAAUCAGUGAACUCGAUUGCAAGGAAAUGGAAUCUAUGAGUACUAUAAAAGAUCCUUACUGUCCGGCUUUUCGAUUUAUAACAGAUGAUUUUUCCAUGAUAUUGCCACCAGACUCGUUCUCGGCUCGUAUAUAUGCAGAACAUUCGAAACAUUUGUGUAGAAAUUUAAUGAGAAUUAAUCAAAUUGAGAUGAACUAUACUCUUUUCGGGUUUAUGGGCCUGCCCAUACUUUUCCCUCAUCGUUUUGGUAUUUAUCCGGUGAUAGACGAGGAUCUCGAAAAUUUUUGUUACGUUUGGAGAUGUAUCGGUUAUCUCUUGGGAGUGGACGACAAGAUAAAUAUUUGUCGGGGCAGUUUGAAAGACGUAAAGGAUCGUUGCCAAAGCUAUAUAGACGAAUUGGUGAAACCUGCGUUUCAAAGACUCGAGCCACAAUGGGAACAUAUGAUAAGAUGCAUAAUCGAAGGAAAUUCUUAUUUUAUGUCCAAUUAUAACUUUGAGACAGUAAUCUUGUGCGUUGCCGAUAUAAUUAAUAUCGAAAUGCCGUCUUUAUACUUUUCGUUGAGUUACUAUCAACGGAUCGUUUACUAUUUAAAUAAAUAUUUCCUACAAUACGGAUUGAAAUAUUCGUUUAUACGGCGUUUCGUUAAUAAAUUUUUUAAUUCGUUGCUUGACAAUGCUCUCAAUUUCGACGAUUCGAAAAUUGCCGAAUUGAAGAGAAAAUCGAUGGAUUCGCUAUUGCACGUUUCCGUUGGUAAAUGAUAAUGCAUUUGUGUACGGGACGACGCUAAUUUUCGCUAAAUGCGAUGCUAAAAAAAAAAGAAAAAAAAAUGAAAUAUUUAAAUCUUAUUAUCUUAUUAUUAUUAAGAAUUGUACUAUUAUUAAGAAAAUAAACGACUAUUAUUAAGAAAA